AUGCCAGCUACUCUCCAUCACCAGAUAAUAUACCGCUUACAAAAUCCCUCGAUAGAUCUUCCUCUCUCAGGAUGCUCUUCUGAUUCACCAUUGGUUGUCACCAACAGAGAAGAAGACAUACCCUCCAUAGUUCAUAUUCCAAGAAAAAUCACAGGGAAAGAAUUAUAUCAUCUAAUUCCCCUUAAAUGGAUAACCAACUAUGAGAGGCUCCAUGUUGACAAAUGGCCUAUCCAAUUUCAAGAGGCUACUUUCAAGAAGAUCCGUUGA